UGGAAUUGCCCUGUUACGAAACCACAGCCUGUGUCUCUUCCACAGUGGGGAUCAGACAAGGGCUGGGGGGCUGCCUGGAAUGUAUUUGCCCCAAACUGUGUUUUUUGUGGUUAUGCAAACGGCUUGGUUUUUCAGUCACAAGAAAUUUGGUGUUCUUUUGAUUGCUCUGUCCACGGGACUGUAGGAUAACAAAACGGGAAUGUUCUUAUGCUGAAGAGAAUUAUUAAAAGAUAAUUUUAUAUCACCAGUACUGUUUUUGCUCCAUAGCCAGCGACGUUUCUGAUAGGUAGCAAGUUCUGGUGCUGGUAGUUACGUUCCUCUGGAAGGGAUCCUGCUGCUGAAUGCCUGUUCGGAUUCAAAGUGAUGAUAGCAAGUAGAUGCUAUUGUCUUGUGAGAACUGAGUGCCACAAUCUUUGCCACUUGGGCAUUUGUUAUUUUGAUGAUUGAAGAAGUUUGAUUUUUAAAAAAUAAUGACUUAAAAAAAAUCAUCACUGAAUACAGUAUGGUUUUAAACAAAAUAGCCCCCUCCCUCACUCCCAGCUCUGGUGCUCCCUAGGUGGGACUCCAAGAGAAGCACAAAGAAAGGAAGAAAAAGGGAAAUAACCAUAUUCAAAGUAGGGCUUUUUAAUAAAUUGAAAUCCAGUUUCUUUGUAAGUUUGAUAGUCAAGUUUGUUAGCAAACAUUUUUGCUUUAUAGAUUGUGAUUGUCACCGUUGCCUUUUGUACAGAGGAACCCCAGAUAUAUUAGUGGAAGUUGAUGAGGAAGAAGUGUUAUGUUAGAAAAACAUAUGGUAACAACCAUAAUGCUGAGAUAAGAGACUGUAUUUUGUAAGAAACCAAAAGAGAAUUGGAAGCUUCCUAUUUUGUUGUGCAAAAUCAUAGCCAUACUGGUACAUUCAGGUUUUCUAACUCAAAGUUUGUGUAUAUUUUCUGUGUUGACAAACUGGGAGGAAAGACAGGAUUGAUAAUAAAGGAGGAAGUAGGUAAAUUUAAACAAGGAGGUGCUUUUCUCUGUGUUCUUAGUGGAAGUAACCAGGUGUGGGAAAUAAAGCAGGUGUCUGACGUUUUCAGAACUGGCUGCUGAACCAUGAUUUCUUUUGCUGUUUUAUUUCAUUGGAUGCAUAAUGUAACACAGUUGAUUGGAAAAGGUUCUAUUUUGGGGAUUUAUUUUUCCCUCCAAGAUUAUCACAAAUUUUGUUUAACAAUUUCAUAUUAUUUUAAGGAACAAGAAACACAUUAAAUUACUUCUAGAAGUCUUUCUUGUAGUUAAGAGCUUUUAAAAACUAAUCUGAAUGUGUAACACUAAUGAAUACUCUGUAUUCUUGGUGAAGGAGAAAAAAUAAACAGGCAGCUGCAACCGGACAGCACUCUUCUGAAAAUAACUACCAAAGUCAUCCACUACUAUUGCAACGAGUCAAAUUUGUACUGCAGUUUUUUUCAUUCUGUUUUUGCACUCUCCAGGGUGCUUUGAAAAUGUCUGAAAAUUCCAGUGACAGCGAUUCAUCUUGCGGCUGGACUGUCAUCAAUCAUGAGGGUUCUGACAUAGAGACAGUGACUUCAGAAAAUGGAAGCACGAACGAUAACCAGGAGUUUGUUUCAGAAGAAUACGUUUCUUUGCAAGAAGAGGAGCAACCAAUUGAUUUGCAAGCUCAGUGCAACAGUGAUGGAGAGAUACCAGUGGUAGAUAAUACUCUCUCUGCUUUUGAGGAAACCCAGACAGUUCCAGAGGGAAGGAAGGAAAAAAUACCUGAUGAUGGGUCCUGCAUUGGAACUGUUAGUGACGAUUCUGACAUUAUUACACUUGAAGCUCCAAAACCAGAAGAAACUCAAAGUCAGGAGGAAGCUCCAGCUGAUGGUGAAGAAGCACAAAGUUCAGAGGAUUUUAACAUGGGUUCUUCCUCUAGCAGCCAAUAUGCAUUUUCCCAUCUAGAAACUGUCAGGUGGCUGGAGAAGCUGAGGAAGAUUCCUGAUUGUGUAAGGGGAUGGGGAAAUGAGGUGAAAGAGCAUGUGUCUCGCAGUCUUCCUUUCCAAGUGUUUUCAUCUCAGGCUAGCAAUGAUGAAUCAAGUAGUGAUGAAACUAGCAGUCAGUCCAGUCCCACAGUACGGAAACGUCGGGCUAAGAAGAGGCUGAUCUCUAGCUCCGAGGCUGAAGGAGAAUCACCUGCUGAACCAGAGUCCGAACCUCCUGGAGAUGAGCAGCACAAACGCCAGUUCAGUAGUGGCCUUAACAGAUGCAUUAUCCUAGCGCUGGUGAUCGCAAUCAGCAUGGGCUUUGGGCACUUCUAUGGUAAACCUGAAGGUACAAUACAGAUCCAGAAACGUCAGCAGCUGGUGACAAAGACGCGUGAAUUAAAAGAUAUGAAGGAUGACCUUUACCAGUGCCAACAAGAGCAGGGAGAUAAAGCGCAUGCUAAACUGGGGUCGCUGAAGGGAGAUCUUGCCACGUGUUUGACCUCUACGGAGGUGGAGAAGAAGUCCUUUGAUUCUCAGAAAAAAAGUCUUGCUGCAGAAAAUCAGCACUUAAGAGAAUCUCUAGAGAAGGAAGAAAAAGCUUUGGCCUCGCUUCAGGAAGAAUUAAGGAAGUUAAGACAACAAAUCAGAAAUUUAGAAGAUAAAGGUACUAGCACUGAGUCUAUUGUAAUGGAAAAUCAAAAACUGAGGGAACAUUUGGAAGAGCAAAAGCAAAGAAACCACAACUUUCUAAGGCAAAAGGAAACGCUCUUUGCAGAGGCACAGAUGUUAAGGAGAGAACUGGACAAAGAACGUCAUGUUACAGAAGCUCUGAAGAAAGAACUGGAACAGUUAAGUUCUCGUCAAACACCUGACAGUGCUAAUGAUGAUGAUAUAUUAAGAGAAAAUCAAGAAAUAGAAACUCUGCGAGGAAGACUGGUAGAACUAGAAAAAAAGCUAAACUUUGAGCAACAACGCUCUGACUUAUGGGAGAAGCUGUAUGUUGAAGUGAAAGACCAAACUGAAAGACAAGAAAUGAAUGAAAAGGGACAAAAGAGAGGUGCUAAAGGGCAAAGUAAGACUAAAAAGAAAUCAAAGGAAACAUUUUUUGGUUCAGUUAAAGAAACUUUUGAUGCUAUGAAAAAUUCUACGAAAGAGUUUGUAAGACACCAUAAAGAAAAGAUUAAACAGGCUAAAGAAGCAGUGAAGGAAAACCUGAAAAAAUUCUCUGAUUCUGUAAAGUCUACGUUCAGACACUUCAAAGAUACCACAAAAAACAUCUUUGAUGAAAAAGAGAAGAGGUCAAAUGAUAAAAGACAUGAGGCAAACAAGAAGGCUCGAACAUUUUACCGAGAACAUAACUCCUACGAUAAUGUGAAGCACAUGCAUUACAGGGGACCUAACAUGCCAAAAGAGUUCAAAGAUGGAAGAAAACAUCAGUUCACAACAUUUGAAAAAGAUACCGAUUCACAGAAGUAUCCAAACGAUCCGUUGUGUAAUCGCAAACAUCAGUCUGUUCUGAAGGGCUGCUCUGGUAUUUUUGAGUGUGCUCAUCAAGAAUUCUUUAGUCUCUUUAACAGAGUAUCGGAUCCUAUCAGGGUGGAUGAAUUUAAUCGGAUAAUGAGAAAGUAUUUGCAACAAGUCGUACAUAACUUUCAUCACUGGAGAGAACUAGAUAAUUUCAUCAAUAAGUUUUUUCAUAAUGGGGUAUUUAUACAUGACCAGAUGCUGUUCACUGAUUUUGUUAACGAUGUCAAGGAUUACCUCGAAGAUAUGAAGGAAUACCAACACAAUAACGAAAAGGUUUUUGAGGAUUUGGACAAAUACAUCUACAGAUACUACUUUCAUUAUGAUAAUUCACCCCAAUAUGGACCCAGUCGACCUAAAAGGCCUUCUUUUACACAAACUGAAAAUUCCAGACAUGAAAAACAAGCUCAGAAGUACCACCACCGUAAUAAAAGAGAAGAGAGGACAGGAGCUUUGAAAAGAACACAACAAGUGAAAGGUAGUAAUUACACUGACAAGAAAUUACCUGUAUACCAGCACUGUCCAAAUCACUGCCACUAGAAAGAUGCGAUACUUUUUUGGUGCCAGCACACUGCCA